UCUGCAGCUGGACCUACUUGAAAACAUGGGUGUACGUUCACGUCGGCUGCAGACGAUUUUCGGCAAACAGUCUCUUUUCGGCACGAAACGGGUCACACAGGUUUCGGGGUACAGCGGUUCUUAGAGCAGCUUGCGAGAUGAACGGUCUGUUUGAGGAAACCGUUUGAGGAGCACGAAGACAGAGUGGAGCGGUCAGAGAGGGACACCCGUCACCGGAGGAGGCUGCUCGAUACCGCGGUGAAGCCCAAACUCAGUCUGCACACAGCAGAUGACGAGAAGAUGUUGGUGAUUAAAGAAGAGGUUCCCCCUGAGCGGCAGUGGAGCUCCAUUGUUGACCAGGAGGAGCCAGAGCACCCCCCCAUUAAAGAGGAAGAAGUGUGGAUCAAACAGGAGGAGGCGGAUAUCAUUGCUGUGACUGUGAAGAGUGAAGAUGAUGAGACACUAGAGUCCUCAAAACCCGAUCAGAGACUGAAGACUGAAGACAGUGAGGAUGACUGGGAGACCAGUGAACCACCAGUGAAAAAUAAAACAAUAUCCAGUCAUUCAAGAGGUAGCACUGAUGGGCAAAUGUGCUGUCCUGAAUGUGGUAAAACAUUUGGAUGUAAGUCACUUUUGUUGAUACAUGUUAACACUCAUUGUAGAGAGAAACCAUUGUGUUGCUCUGAGUGUGGUAAAGGAUUAAUCCAACAGAGAAGUCAAACAGGAGAGAAACUAUUGAGUUGCUCUGAAUGUGGUGAAAAAUGUGCCUAUAAGGCACUUCUGUUAAGACACGAGAACAGUCAAUCUGGAGAGAAACCAUUUAGUUGCACCGAGUGUGGAAAAUGUUUUAGCGCAAAGCGCAAUCUAAAGAGACAUGAGCAAGUUCACAUAGGAGAUAAACCGUUUAGUUGCUCUGACUGUGGUAAAAGAUUCAGCUAUGAGAGCUAUCUGAGGUCACAUGAAAAAAGCCACACAGGAGAGAAACCAUUUAGUUGCACCGAGUGUGGAAAAUGUUUUAUCGCAAAGCGCAAUCUAAAGAGACAUGAGAAAAUUCACAUAGCAGAUAAACCGUUUAGUUGCUCUGACUGUGGUAAAAGAUUCAGCUAUGAGAGCUAUCUGAGGUCACAUGAAAAAAGCCACACAGGAGAGAAACCAUUUAGUUGCUCGGAUUGCGGUAAACGAUUUGCUGAGAAGGGCCGUCUGAGGAAGCAUGAGAACAUUCAUUCAGGAGAGAAACCAUUUAGUUGCUCCGAGUGUGGUAAAAGAUUUACUCGUAAGAGUAAUCUGAGGUCACAUGAGACAAUUCAUACAGGAGAGAAACCAUUUAGUUGCACCGAGUGUGGAAAAAAAUUUAUCACAAAUAGCAAUCUAAAGGAUCAUGAGAAAAUUCACACAGGAGAUAAAUUGUUUAGUUGCUCUGACUGUGGUAAACGAUUCAGCUAUGAGUGCUACUUGAGGUCACAUGAAAAAAUCCACACAGGAGAGAAACCAUUUAGUUGCACCGAGUGUGGAAAAAAAUUUAUCGCAAAGCGCAAUCUAACGAAACAUGAGAAAAUUCACACAGGAGAUAAAUUGUUUAGUUGCUCUGACUGUGGUAAACGAUUCAGCCAUGAGUGCUACUUUAGGUCACAUGAAAUAAUCCACACAGGAGAGAAACCAUUUAGUUGCACCAAGUGUGGAAAAAAAUUUGUCACAAAGAGCAAUCUAACGAAACAUGAGAAAAUUCACACAGGAGAUAAACCGUUUAGUUGCUCGGAUUGUGGUAAACGAUUUACUGAGAAGAGUAAUCUGAGGAAACAUGAGAAAAUUCAUACAGGAGUGAAACCUUUUAGUUGCUCAAAGUGUGGUAAAAGAUUUAGACGAGAAGAUGAAAUGGAGAAACAUAUGCAAAUUCACACAGGAGAGAAACCCUUUUGUUGCCAAGUUUGUAAAAAAAGAUUUACACGGCAUAGUCACGUUGAAAAACAUCAAUGUGUUGGUGACCCGUCGGAGCUUAGUCAGAGUCAGACUGAGAGGACACAGAGGACUGUGCAGGACCACAGCCUGUCUGGACCUCAGGAACACGUUCCCCAUUUCCAACAAAGUGAACCUGGAGUGGUACUAGUGGAGUGGUACUAGUGCUGGUUCAGAACUUUAAUGUAGGAUUCUUUUAAAAACAAGCCAAAUCCUUAUGUCAUGUCAUACGUCACUCUUUCAUGCGUCAACUGUGUAUUGUUGGACCUGGUUAAAAGCCUUGUGACACCCAGUGAUGUAGUACUCGAGACUGGUCACAAGAGCGAUUUCUGCUUUCUCUGACUCGUCUCAAACUCGUUCCUUCAAAGACUCGGUCUUGACUCGGACUCGGACCACAGUGGGAGGAGAAGAACUUGUAAUUUCAGACCGAGUCCUCGAGACCAACGCAUUUUUUAUGUUCAUGUUAUGUCCUAACUAUGAUUAAAAAGGUCAGGGUGGGCUUAACAUGUUGAUGACAGAGCAGCACUGUUGAAGCAGUUCAUAAAAAUAGGCAGAAGAUGAUGCAUGUGGUAGGGAUUUUUUUAAAUGAUAGUAAAAGCAUAGUCUAUAUUAAGACUAGGGCUGCAACAACCAAUCGAUUAAAUCGAUAAAAAUCGAUUACUAAAAGCGUUGGCAACUAAUUUAGUUAUCGAUUCGUUGAGUCGCGCGAUUAAUACGUCACUUGUAGGCGCAGAACUGUUUACAGACGCCGACCACGCCCACAGCGAGCCUUGCGUGCGCGUGAAUAGUGGCGCGGAUAAGCGGUGCAGGAAAGUUACGGGGUGAGCGACAACUUGUACUUUUAGACGUGAAACGUCACGUGGCGGAAGCGGAGAAAACGGUUCGGCCGAAAUCUUCUAAAGUGUGGGGACACUUAACAAUCCAUAAACCUAAAAAGUGUGUUAGCUGGUACCAAUGCAAAGUUCCUGAAUAGACAGUUGAGUGAACAGUGUGUGUGUGUGUGUGUGUGUUAGAGCACCAAGCAAGACCAGUUAUGGUCACAUGUUGAAACCAAUGCUGUGGACAGAUUGGUCAUUUGCAUUUUUCUUUAUUUUUUUUUUAUCAUUUAUUUACUGUUCUAACAGAUCAGGAAACUUUUAAACAACUGAAAACCUUAUUUUGUGCACUUUAUAAAAAAAAAGGAGCCUUUUCAUUUUUGGAGAUAUAUAAAUGUAU